AUGGCGCUUAGGAACCUUGACAACGCUCUUCCGAUCUCACAGGAACGACCGAAGAAGCUUCCGAAACUCUCAAAGCAGCCGGAGAUUGGUGUGAACGACGAAAACAACCCAGUGCCGCCCCCUGAAUCAACCGUCGACUACGUUGCUUCUGAAGAUCUCAAACCAUUUCCAGAUCCGGAAUCCUCUGCCCAGAGAUUACUAGAAGAAUUAGCAUCGAAGGAUUGGAUUAAAGUAUGUGAGUCGCUGAAUAACACAAGGAGAUUUGCAGUGUUUCACUCUUCUCUGUUGCUGCCUAUUCUAGAGAAGCUCAUAGUUGUGAUGGUGAAGGCGAUGAAGAACCCUAGAAGCGCACUGUGCAAGACUUCGAUUAUGACUUGUUCAGAUAUCUUCAAAGCUUAUGGAGAAAAGUUACUUGAAGCAUCUCAUCUGAGAUCAAUGGACGAUCUGAUAUUGCAGCUGCUAAUGAAAGCUUCACAAGAUAAGAAGUUUGUGUGUGAAGAAGCAGAGAAAGCACUGAACACAAUGGUGAACUCUGUGGCUCGUUUGCCUCUUCUGCGUAAGCUCAAAACUUACGUCCGACACAGUAACCCUCGUGUUAGAGCCAAAGCUGCUGUUUCUACUUCCAACUGCGUUUCCAAAAUGGAGCUAAAAGAAAUGGAAGAGUUCGGGAUGGUUAUGAUCGCACAAAUGGCUGCGGAUUUGUUGAGUGACAAGUUGCCUGAGGCAAGGGAAGCUGCAAGGAGUAUGGUGAACUCGGUUUACGAGAAGUUUACAUGGAACGAAGAAGAAGAAGACGAAGUUGAGAGCAAACAAGAAGCUUGGAAGAAGUUUUGUGAGAAGAAUGUAACAGGGCUCAAUGCACAAGCCAUGAUCAAGAUCGUCUCAUAUCAAUAA